AUGGCUAAGUUGACAAGGCAACCAAACUUUACAGAGGCUGAAGUGCUGAGAUUGACAGAAGAAUAUGAAAAGGAAUUUAAUUUGCUUGUUUCCAAAUUCGGGCCGAACGUCACAUCUCAGAAAAAGGCCCAGGCAUGGGUUCGAAUCACAGAAGCAAUGAACGAACGCAAUCCAUCGGUUGUGCGGACGAAAUCGCAGUUGCUGAAGAAGUGGCAGAACAUGUGCAGCAACAUGAAAGAUCAAUACCGGAAACAUCGAAAGGAGAGUGCAAAAACAGGUGGUGGACCUCCGCCAGACCAACCGACUCAGUUAUCACAGAAGGUAGCAUCAAUUAUAGGCGAGAAUGAUCCUACGGUGUAUGGAAUUGAUGGUGGCAUGGAUAGUUUAGUUCCAAUUGCAAGUCCAAGUACAAGUCUUUCAACAUGUUCAAGUGUUGGAGAUAUCCCUGAUAAAGUUGUGAGAAUAUAUGUAUUGCGGUGGUAG